AUGGCUCAAGCUGCCUCCACGGGUGAGCAGAGAGUACGCUUCUUGCAUUCGCCGAAGCUCCUCGACUAACCCUGUCCCUCCCACUUGUCCUUUGCCUCUUCUCCAUCGUCAGCGGAGCAAGGAGCUGAUGGAACAUCUGUCCCCGGCACGUCCUCGGAGCAGUCGCAAGUACAAGGUGAGUGUCUUCGUUAUGCGUUGGCCUGCCUUUCGGGGUCUCACUAGUCGCCCACUUCGCUCGCCUCGAUAGGCUACGCUGCUCAGGCUCAUACUGGUGAGCAUCCAAGUCGAACACUCCGUCAUCUACGGUGUCGCGGCGGCUGCCCUGACCCCUCGUAUAUCCUCGCUCCUUCCCUCGUUCACAGAGCGCGACCUCGACGCCCAAGCCGACACUUUCGCCAACCCUCUCAGCGAGUUUUUGGAUCUCGGCAAAGAGUUCUCUACCACGCGCGGUGCCAAACACGACACGCGCAAGCUCGCUCGUUGGUUCAAGCUGGCUCACGAGCUUCGUCUGGACGACCCCGUCAAGAUCAGUGGUCUCACUCGCUUCCAACGCGUCAUGGGCACCGAAGAUGAAGGCGAAUACCUCAACGACCUCUUCAUCAACCUUCCCUUCCUGCACGCUCGCGAUGAGAAUGUCGAGGAUGCCGAUGCCGUGUACUGGCCCAAGCUUGAUGGCCGUGCUUCCCUUGCCGACCUCCAGGUCGCCAAGCACAAGAAGCACCACUCUCAUCACAAGCACAAGUCCCACAAACACAAGGGUAAUGACGGCCUCCUUCACCAGAUCAUCAAGGACGUCAACCAUGGUGAGUAUCAAAGACAGACGGCAGUGUCGGGCCUGUUAGACUGCAAAUGCUCAUCCGUCGCCGUCGCUUCGUCCUCUUGCCAGACAUUGGCCACAUUGGCAUCAAGAUUCGUGACACUGAUGUGGCCGAUGAUGCUGACAAGAAGAAGCACAAGAAGGGAGGUCUGGUCCACGCCGUCACCAAGCAGGUCAAGCAUGGUGAGCGUCAAGUGUCCCACAAUGCUCAUUGUCGUUCCUCCGCGCUGACGUGCAACCGCGCCUUGUUUGACUCAGAUGCUCACUUGGCUGCUGAUCUGAAUGUCCGCGACGAGAAUGCCGUUGAAGACGAGGAUGUUGCCGACGAAGCCGACACGAAGCGCAAGCCCAAGCACAAGGGUAAGCACGGACUUCUCAGCUCCAUCAACAAGCAAGUCAAGCACGGUGAGUAUUGCUCGAGGGCAGCGAAUCUUCAAUACUGAUGCUCAUCAUUCCAACUCGUCACCUCCCGCAGAUGCACACUUGGCUGCUAACCUCAACAUCCGAGAUGAGGAAGUCGCUGAGGAUCAAGAUGCAGCCGAUGAAGCCGACAAGAAGCGCAAAGCCAAGGGCAACAAAGGUCUCCUCAAUACCAUCAACAAGCAGGUCAAGCACGGUGAGUAACGCGCGCUCGCAAGUAAUGUUGCCCGUCAAUGCGCUUAUAGGAUCUUUGUUUGAUGUUCACAGAUGCUCACCUUGCCGGCGCUCUCAAUCUCCGUGGUGAAGACGUCGCUAGUGAUGAAGGCUCAGCCGAUGAAGCCGACAAGAAGCGCAAACCCAAAGGCAACAAAGGUCUCCUCAAUACCAUCAACAAGCAGGUCAAGCACGGUGAGUAACGCGCGUUCGCAAGUGCUGUUGCCCUUCAAUGCGCUUAUAGGAUCUUUGUUUGAUGUUCGCAGAUGCUCAUCUUGCCGGCGCUCUCAACCUCCGUGAUGAACACGUUGCCGAUGAAGCGGACAAGAAGCGCAAAGGCAGGCACGGACUAGUCCACAACACGGAGAAGGAAAUUAAGCACGGUGAGUAAUGCUGCGCCGCGACAACGACCCUUGAACAUUCGUGCUCACGCCGCAGGUGGCGGUAUUUACCAGAUGCUCAUCUUGCGGCUGGUCUCAACGUUCGUGACGAGGACUUGGCCGAGGACGAAGACAAGAAACGCACUCGCAAGCACAAGCACAAGGGCAAGGGCAAGCAUGGCCUUCUUCACACUAUCAACAAAGAGCUGAAGCAUGGUGAGUCGCGACCCUCGCCUCUGCGAGCUUCCACCGUCAAGACAUACUGACCGAUAUGCCUCGCUCAUCAUUUCAGACGCCAAGAUCAUCGGCAUCAAGAUUCGUGACGAAGAGGAGGCUAGCGCUUCCGACAAGAAGCCCGACGCCAACGCCGUCCCUAACAAGGACGCGAAGAAGACGCCCACUACUUCUGCCGAGGCCAGCAAAGCCCCAAAGGCCGCUGCUAGCGACGUACCCAAGAAGCAACCCGAGGCUAAGGGCAAGCACGGACAAGGUCCCAAGGAGAAGGAACCCAAAGUGAAAGCUCCCAAGGAGAAGGAACCCAAAGUGAAAGCUCCCAAGGACAAGGCGCCCACGUCCAAGGGUCACAAGGCGAAGGCAGCCGAGUCCACAGCCACCGAGUCCGCCACGGAGUCCGCUCCUGCCAAGCCCUCGUCGUCCACAAAGCCAGUCUUGCCCAAGAACGAGAAGGUUCACCCGCGUGAAGACGCUUCCGACGAUGUGCAGGGAGAUGGCGACAAGCACAAGAAGGGCAAGAAGGGAAGCGGCCUCAACGUAUCUAAGAUCAUCAAGGCUUUUACUCGCCAAGUUGAGGAGAAUGACGAUGCUCUUGAGCGCCGCAAGGCUGUCGCCGAGGACCCCACCAGCAGCACGGAUGUCGACAAGCCCAAAGAGAGCGAUGCAGCCGACAAGAGCGAGGACGACAAGCCCGAUGCCACGGCUGGAUCUCAGGACUUCUCUCCUCACCGCAACGACCAAUUCCGUCGUCAACCCCUCUGA